GUCCUGCAGCAAGUGGCAGCGCCCCCGAGUCCCGAGUCUCAUGAGUCCAAGACUCGACGGUCAAGGCAACGUAAGAGGUAUGCGCAAUACGCACCGAGGCGCAACAUAGCACUAGUUCCAUUUAUUCUAUUCUAUACGCUCGAAAUACGAAAGAAAAAGACCCGACGAAAAUCCACGGAGGAAAUGCAGGUCGAUGACGCGCGGGAGCUCCUAGGGUUUUCAUCCGAUUCUCAUCCCACUCCAUCUCAGAUUUCAGAAGCAUACUCAUGCCUGCAGGCUGUUUUGCCUGAGGAAUUUGUUUGAGGGUUUUGGGGAAGCAAGUGUGGCCCCAACUUGCUGCGCUGGACCUCAAAAGGGGAAAUAAGCAGGACUUUGGAACUUGAAUGGGAUAUUCAGCCAUUCGAGCAAGCAAACCAAACAAGAAAGAGGGAACUUUGUUGCUGCAUGACAUUUUGAGGUUGAAAAGAUGGCCCCACUUCGAACGGCAGGAUUCGAUCCAGGAUGGGAACAUGGUGUUGCCCAGGACACAAGAAAGAAAAAAGUGAAAUGCAAUUAUUGUGGGAAAAUAGUUAGUGGUGGUAUAUAUCGAUUAAAACAACAUUUAGCUAGACUUUCGGGGGAAGUUACACAUUGUAAAAGGGCUCCAGAGGAAGUACAUCUGAAAAUGAAAGAAAAUCUGGAGGGAUAUCAGGCUAGCAAGAAAAAACGCAAAUCUGAUGAAGAACAAGCAACUAUUGGUUUACACUCUAAUAAUGAUGGCAUUAAGGAAGAAAAGCCUGUGGACUACCGGCCCAGGGGGAAACAGGCAAUUGCUGAUAAGGGCAUGGCAAAAAAUUUGGCACCGCUUCGAUCGUUAGGCCUUGUUGAUCCUGGAUGGGAACAUGGUGUUGCUCAAGAUGAGAGGAAGAAGAAGGUUAAAUGCAAUUACUGUGAAAAAAUAGUUAGCGGCGGUAUAAACCGAUUCAAACAACAUCUAGCUAAGAUUCCUGGUGAAGUUGCACCUUGUAAAAAGGCUCCUGAGGAAGUAUUUCAUAAAAUUAAAGAAAAUAUGAAAUGGCACCGUAGUGUUAGGAGACAGAGGCAACCUCAAGGUAAAGAAACUUCAACUUUCUAUAGGCAGUCAUUUACUGAUCAUGAUGAUGAUGGCAAUGAUGACAAUGAUGUUGAAGAAGCUGUAGAUGGUAGAAGUAAGGAAAAGCAGAUUAUUGAUGAUAAAAUUUUUACUCCCACUGGUAAAGCCACUGGAAAAAGAUCUAGUAGGGGCAGGCCACCAAGCAGUGGCACUUGCAGUACAGAACCACAACAUAAAAAGUUGAAAUCAGAUUAUAUUCAUGCAAUGUUGCUAAAUAGUGGCAGACCAUCAUCCAACAAGGAAACAAAACUAAAGACAUGUUCAAACCGAAAAGCUCUGAAGGAAGUGAUCUCUGCAAUCUGCAAAUUUUUCUAUCAUGCUGCUGUACCAUUUACAGCUGCCAGCUCCCCAUAUUUUCAGAAGAUGCUGGAUUUGGUUGGUCAAUAUGGCCCAGGUUUGAAAGGCCCUUCUGGUAGAAUGAUUUACGGUCAGUUUCUCCAGGAUGAAAUUGCAACCAUUAAACAAUGUCAAGUGGAAUUCAAAGCUUCUUGGGCAAUCACCGGCUGCACUAUCAUGGCAGAUAGUUGGGAAGAUGUGCAGGGUAGGACACUAAUCAAUCUUUGGGUAUCUUGCCCACGCGGUGCAUACUUUGUCUUGCAUGUCGAUGCUUCCAAUAUCAUAGAAGACGCCACAAGUCUUUUUAGACUGUUGGAUAGAGUUGUGGAGGAAGUGGGUGAGGAAAACGUGGUGCAGGUGGUCACUGGAAAUACUGCAAGCUAUAGGGCUGCUGGGAAGUUGCUAGAGGAGAAGAGGAGGAGUUUAUUUUGGACACCAUGUGCAGCCUACAGCAUUGAUCGAGUACUUGAAGAUCUUGUGAAGAUAAAAUGGGUGAGUGAGUGCAUGGACAAAGGCAAAAAAGUUACAAAGUUCAUAUAUAAUUGCAGUUGGCUGUUAGAUCUCAUGAGAAAAGAAUUUACAGAAGGUAGAGAUAUUGUUAGGCCAGCUGUUACGAGGUAUGCCACUAGUUUCAUUACUUUACAGAGCUUGUUGGACCAUAAGGCCUGUCUUAAAAAGAUGUUUCAGUCAAACAAAUGGACUUCAUCUCAUUUUGCGAAACUAGAUGAAGGUAAGGAAGUCGAGAAGAUUGUCUUAAACUCUACAUUCUGGAAGAAGACGCAAUAUGUAUGCAAGUCCGUGGCCCCAAUCAUGGAAGUGCUUCAGAAGGUGGAUAGUGACGAAGGCCUAUCAAUGGCAUCAAUUUAUAACAACAUAUACGGAGCUAAGCUUGCUAUUAAAGUUGUUCAUGGUGAUGAUGCACGGAAAUAUGGGCCAUUUUGGAGUGUAAUAGACAACCAUUGGAAUUCGUUGUUCCAUCAUCCUCUCUAUGCAGCAUCGUACUUUCUGAAUCCAUCGUACCGCCACCGUUCCGAUUUCUUAGCGCAUCCUGAGGUAAUUCGUGGUCUAAAUGAAUGUAUAGUUCGACUAGAACCAGAUAAUGGAAGGAGAGUUUCUGCAUCUAUGCAGAUUUCUGAUUUUGUUUCCGCAAAAGCAGAUUUUGGAUCUGAACUGGCUAUAAGAACUAGAACAGAGCUUGAGCCAGCUGCUUGGUGGCAACAACAUGGGAUUAAUUGCUUACAGCUCCAGCGGAUUGCCAUACGCAUAUUAAGCCAGAGAUGCUCUUCGUUUGUUUGCGAACACAGCUGGAGUUCAUUUGAUCAGAUGCAUAGUAAAAUGCGGAAUCGUCUGUCUCAGAAAAGAUUGAAUGACCUUAUCCAUGUCCACUACAACUUGCGCCUCAGGGAACGGCAAUUAAGGCGAAAUCUUGAUGAAUCCAUCUCCCUGGAUACCAUCUUGUUAGAAAGCUUAUUGGAGGAUUGGAUUUUAGAGACAGAGAAGCCAGCUUUCCAGGAAAAUAAGGUGAUUCCUUAUAAUGAGAUGGAACAGGCUGAGGCAAAUGAAAACAGGGCGAAAGAGAAUGGAGUUGUUAAAGCAGAGGCAAAUGAGCCUAUGGAUACAGAUAAUCUGGGUGUAGUCGAACCGCUACAGGUUCAUCAUCCUGUUGCUAUGAUUGCCAUUGCCGACAACAACGAUGAUGAUCUUGAUUUUCUUGAUGAUGGUUUGAGCGAUUAGUAGAUUUAAAGUUCACGUGUUCAUGCCACGCGAUCAAAUGAACUGCUAAAUCAAUGAGUAACUUAUGCAAUAACUGUUAAUUGUUAAUGAAAGGAAAAUUUGAUUGUGUAUGCUAUGUAAUUUAUUAAUUUGAAGUUACUCACAUAGCUGAGUUGAGUUACUGGUUCUGCUUCAUCUGUCACUGUCUUCUUCUAAUGCUGUCACAUUAUGGGAGUUAAUCGACCUGUGCGCUACUGACUAGAUUGGUGGCAUUUGACAAUCAAAAGCUUAUUUCUGCA